GGUAUAUGAUGUUUUGAUGCAUCUUUUUAUAGUGUUUCCCUAUUUUUCACAAGCUUUUUUGUUUGCGUGAUAUGCAUAUGUCUGGGACGUCCGGUGUAACUUUCUUGGAAUCUCUGUCAACAAUCAAUUGUCGAAUUCGAGUUCUAGAUGCUUGUUUUAUGUGUCAACAGCAAUAUGCCUAGACAGACGGCUGAAGGGUCACAACCUAAGCAGUCACAAUUCUUUUCGCAAUCGCAGUGGAUUUCUCACAAUCAAGAAUGCAUCUGAAAUCUGUAAGGCCGGUAAAAAUCAAUGUCAAGGUUCGAGGGUCUCUUUGUCUCUUGAAGACACCCGUUCGCCUAAUUGGGUAAAGAACUUUGACCACCUUCCCUCUAUCUAAAAAUCAACUUUGCAUCCGUCGCAAUGGACGCAACGAUGCUUGCAUGAUGACCGGAAUGCCUCGCCCCUGACUAAAAACCUUGAUACUGGAAGAUUGGCGGCGGAAAAACACCGAAAUACCUUAAUAAACACUAUUUUGAUGAAAGACUCUCUUGGAAGAGCACACCAAAAAUCGUACAAUUUGGUUCCAAGCGGUGACCGGGAGAUGUGUGUUGAACAGACCAGACUUCGAUCUUCCUUGACUUUUCACCCGUCUCUUCAGCUUCAAUUGCUGGGAAGUUCUGCGUCGGUUUUGCAGAGCUCAGGUCUACAAGUGUAGAGGCCGGAUGAUCAAGAUCGACUAGUCCUGUAGAUCUUUGAGAUAUUGUGAUUUUGCGGGUGUUGACAAGCUUCGUCAGUUGUUGAGGCAUGUUAUAAAUACCAGAGUGAGAUCUCUUCUAUUUUUUCAAACAGCAUCAAUCAAUCUUCAUAUUCAAUCCACUACCAAGCUUAAUAACUACCUUCAUUCUUCGCUUCUUAAGCCAAAAAUCAAAAACUGCAAUCAUGGUCUCCAUCAAAGCUCUCGCCUUCUACCUUGCCACUAUGGCCGUCGCCGUCUCAGCAGCUCCUGCUGCAGGAGUCAAAGCCGUCACUACCGCAGACACCAUCAUCGCCGAUAUCAACAGCAUUGAUGCCCAAGUUCUUGCCUUGACCAGUACCCUCGACGGCGUGAAGGAGAAAACUCUUGAUUCCACUACCGUGAACGUCGACUUCACAUCCCUCCACGUCGCAAAUCAGCAAGGAGUCACCGAUGCAGCUCUUGAGACCCCAAACACUUCAGAAGAUUCCAUCCGUGUUGUAGCCACCAUCGAGACGACUUUGUCCAUCGACAUCCCCGACGUUAUCGACGCUUUGAAAGCCAAGAAAGAAUUCUUCACAAGUGAUCAAAGGACGGUUGUUCUCGCGUGGUUAGUAGUCUUGCAGAGUGACUACAACACUUUCGGUGGACUCUUGAUUAAAAGAACCUCCGAGGAUGCCAUCCCCAGAGCUGAAGCUGCCGCUAAGCUUAUUGGUGAUGCCAUCUCUGCCGGUAUCGCUUACUACUCUUCUUAAGCGUGUGAAUACUAGCACACUGGAAGGAGAUUGUUUGUUGGAUAGUAGGAGUGGUUUUGUUUUUCAAUAGAGCCGUAUCUGGGGAUAGUAAUGAUUGUUUGUGGAGAUUGAAGUUUGUCACAUGCUCUGUACACAGAUGGAGAUAAUUUAUAAUCUUGUAUUACUAUGUAUCA